AUGGCACAGGAGCAGCAGGAACAAAAGCAGAUCAGGGUCGGCGUCUUGGCCCUCCAAGGUGCAUUUGCCGAACAUAUCAUCCUCCUCAAUACCCUUCCUCAGGUCUCAGAGGCUGUCCCUGUCCGUAAUGCCCAGGAGAUUGCGCAGGUCGAUGCUCUGGUGAUCCCCGGCGGCGAGUCCACAACAAUGGCUCUGAUUGCGGAAAGAUCCGGCUUCUGGCCCGCACUGCAGGAGUAUAUUCAGACUCACCCCACUUGGGGUACAUGCGCAGGCAUGAUUCUUCUCUCAGAGGCCGUCACCUCCGGAGGCACGCUGAAGGGCGAUCAAAAGUUGCUGGGUGGUUUGGGGAUCAGCAUUAAGCGCAAUGCAUUCGGCACACAGAAGGAGAGUUUUGAGGCAGGUCUCCAUAUUGAGGGCUUGGAUUAUGCGGAGAAGUUGUUCCCAGGCGUCUUUAUUCGUGCGCCCGUCAUCGAUGAGAUCCUUCAGCCAGAGGAUGUCCAGGUCGUGGCCAAGUUAGAGCGGGAUUAUGGAAGGACGCCCAAGGGAACAAUUGUAGCCGUGAGGAGGGGACACCUGCUGGGGUCCGCUUUCCAUCCUGAGCUGACUCACGACAGCAGAAUGCACCUCUUAUUUGUCAAGAUGGCGCAAGAGUGGAUUGAAACUCAGGCCAAGUAG